UUCGUCUGAUUUCGCUUAUUACCCUUUUUUUUAAUUAAAACAAAAUUAAAGAAAAAUAAGAUAUGGCUUAAAAGUUGUUGACUGGUCAUAAAAUUAAAAAAAAUGAUCAGAUGAUUGACAUGUUCAAUGACAGCUGUCGUAUAUGACAACUCAUCUAACCUUAAAAUAUUGGACUACUAAAAUCAAAACAUUACGAAAUCCCGACGAAAUAUAAAACAAAAAGUACAUAAAGAAUCAUGUUAUUCUUGUAUUUAUUGAGUUAUUUAUCUCUUUUUAUUCAAGGAGUGUUUAUUACCCUGGCUGUAGCCGCUGGCUUAUAUUAUCUGGCCGAGAUUGUAGAAGAUAAUACAGUAUUUGCUAAACAAGUCAUCACGUAUGCUGUAUUCACCACCGCAGUCAUCCACGUAUGUCUAAUGAUAUUCGAGGAGAUCCCCCUCCAGAUGAACAUCCUAGGUCUGAUACAGCAGCUUCUGCACCUGCUUCUGCUGCGGGACUUCCCCGCGGUCCGGGUGACCAGCUUCAGUUUCUUGACCGCACUGAUGACGCUCGCGGUUCAUCAUUAUCUGGCCUUCAAGUACUUCGGAGCGGUGUACUACGCUUUUUCGGAGGUGCUGGCCUACUUCACGCUCUGUCUAUGGGUGGUUCCCUUCGGCCUUUUCGUGUCCCUCUCAGCAAACGACUACGUGCUACCAACGACAGAAGAGAAGCACCCGCUGUUGAGUGACAGUAACGUUCUGACGGAUUAUCUGUCGCGGAAAUCGAAAAAAUACAGUCUACUGUCGCUGUUCAGUUACGCUAAGGAGUCCAUUCUACCCCACCGGAACAAGAAGGCAUUCUGAUUUGACAUUCGCAAGUGUCAUCUGUCAGUUUGUGGGCGAUAUUAUCUGUGGAGGGUAGACGCAAGGAGGACUGACUCAGUGGAUUAAAAAGUGUCCGCUAUAGGGGAGCCAAUUAAGAUGGCGCCACAGUAGCAAGUAGAAGGAUUUUUAAAACAGCGCCAUAAUUAGAGUAAGAUCUUAAGUUAAGAAGGAAAGAGACAUGUCAUACGUAAAUAGUUAUAAUGAUAUGGAGUAUUUCAGAAUGAAUAAAAAAACAAUAGACUUGUGUUUUCUGUGAUAUAAUAAAAAACCAACAUUUAAAACCUUUAAUCUCUUUUAAAAUUAAUAUUAAAACUUCAACAGUAACUAGUAUUAAUAAACUAUACAAAACUGAACUCUCUUUUUACUGAAUGACAGACUUCAUUAGUCUGUCACUGAAGAAAAAUCCUUUUUAAAAACUAAAAAGAUUUAAAUAAUAAAGGUUUUUCUUUACAUAGUAAUGAAAAUAAAUGGUUGUAAUUUUAAAUGCUGCAUAUUUUUUAACUACACAAGACACGAAAAAUAUUAUCUUUCUCAACUCCUUUUAAAACUGCUCUAUAUUCAUAUCAUUUCCAUUUGCUACACUAGCGCCAUUUCGGUGAGGCUUUGAACAACGUGAUGUUUACAGGCGGACACUUCUUCAACUUGUCCCCAAUACAAGUCACUUAUUUAUUAUUAUUAUUAUAUUUUUACGGGUUGUAGGACCUCUUGUGAGUCCGCGCGGGUAGGUACCACCACCCCGCCUAUUUAUGCCGUGAAGCAGUAAUGCGUUUCGGUUUAAAGGGUGGGGCAGCCUUUGUAACUAUACUGAGACCUUAGAACUUGUAUCUGAAGGUGGGUAGCGCAUUUACGUUGUAGAUGUCUAUGGGCUCAAGUAACCACUUAACACCAGGUCGACUGAGCUCGUCCACCCAACUAUACAAUAAAAAAAAACUUAUUUCUAACUUACUUCUACUCUCCAUAGUUAUAAUAAAUGACCUAAAUAUUUGUAAGUAAGUGGAAAUAAUAAAGGUAUCUAGUCAAAGGAAAUUUAAAAGACAUGGUAAUAAUUUGAUGUUUUUCACUGAAUUAGACGGUCGUAUUGGUUCACCGUGAGCACUACCUUGAGGUCGAUGUCUCAAUAAACUCGAAACAACAGCUGCACUGCGCUGUUGCACAUUUUUUUAUUUUUUUUCUAAAAUCAUCAAUCAACUUGUAUGUUUUUGAUGGUGUAAAUACGCGUAUUAUAAUUUUUAAGUAUAGCAACAUUUUUGUGUCCAGAGAUUUAGUGUAAGCUGUAAAUAGAUAAACUAAUUUAUUGUUUGUAUAUUUUAAAAAUAAAUAAAAUACGUUUUUUUAUGA